AUGAAAACUUCUCAAACUCGUGAGAGCACUUUUCCUACAGCUAGAACCAUAUCUAGUAUCAAUUCGGCCGGUGUUAACUUUACUAUUGUACAAUUUUUAAACCGCAUUAACAAAUUAUGUACAUUGAAUGAUAUUAAAAUUCAUGCCAAUGAUAAUAAACUAACGUUUCCAAAACAUCAUAAAGUGCCUUCAACAUCACAAGAACUUAGUGGUAGGAUUGAACGUCUAUUAGAAGAUUUUUGGACUACAGAGAAUGAUGAUAGUAACACCAAAAAUGUUGAUUUUGAUAUUGAAUCAGAUGAUGAACUAAAUGAUGAUGUUUCUGGUGAUCUUUAUAAUGAUAGUGAUGAUGAAGAUCUGAAUUUGAAUAGUACUUCCCACAUUAUGAAUGAUAUGUCGUCAUCUAACACACCUGGUAUUAGAUUAUUUGAUAUUGUCAAAGAAGAAUUAGCUCAUAAUUAUUUUCACAUUACUAUUAAUGGCAAGAAAAAAUAUNGGAAGCCAUAUCAUCAGCUAGUCCCGAUGGAUAUCACAACACUCACCCAACUAGUUUUUAUCUUCCGAUGA